CUGUGUCGGCCUGUCUGAUAAUCCCGCGCCGGGCUCGUGCCGUGAUCUUUAAUCUCGUGUUCAAUUAAUCACCCGUAACUUAAUCGUGUAUUUAGAAUCUAGACCAAUGAAUACUGAAUGGGACUUAAGUGAUAAUUAUCGGUGAAUUUAUAAAAAGAACAGUUACAGGGUGUUAAUCGCUAAAUAAAUUUAUUACUUUGAUAAUAAAACAUAUAAAGUCUUCUAUGUAUUUGACUAUGUUUUAGUAACGAUAGUAAUAUGAUUUUUGAGUAUAAAGUCUUUUAUGUAUGCAUUUGACUACGUUUUGUUAAGUAUGUAAUUAUAUCAGCUAUGUAAUGCGAUAAAAAGAAACACUCAAGAGGUCAACAUAAUGGAUAACUACUGUCAGUGUACAAACGAGCCUUGGUCUAUGAACAUUUAAAAAAAAGUGAUAAUUUAAAAUUAGAAUACGAAUAUUGAUUGAAAGAACAUUUUGAAAUAACACUUUUUCUUUUUAGAAUAAAACAAUGAGGUUGCUACUGUAUUUAGUGGUGUUAGUGUGUGUAACAGUGUGUGUGACGUGUAAAAAUCACUUCUUCGGCGAGAAGGAAGACGCACGACUCGUGUCUAGAGAAAAGAUCAUGUACGAAGCUAUACCUUGGAAGAAACGAGUGCAAUAUUAUGAGUACAGCGACUCACCUAGACCGAUAAAGGCGAUCCGUUGCUACGACUACCAGAACAGCGAGGCGUCUGUCAAUAUAACAGAAGGAGGUAUCGGCUUCGACCACGUGACCCUGAGGAUGAAGAGUCAAAGGAGUUACCGUCUGGACUACGCCAUAGAAAUAUACGCGUGAACAUGUACAUUUUUUAUUUAUUUACUUAACUUUACAUAUACAUAUAUAUAUUUAAAAAAAUUAA